AUGCCAACUUGGAACCAGAUUCAAGCUCAACUUCGAAAUCCAAAUAACCCAGUGGUAUUUUUCGAUGUGUCUGUGGGUACUACAGAGAUAGGGCGAAUGAUUUUCGAAUUAUUCGAGGAUGUUUGUCCAAAAACCUCGGAAAAUUUUCGACAGUUCUGCACCGGGGAAUGCAGAAAGGAUGGUGUACCAUUAGGUUUCAAAGGUGCCAUAUUUCAUAGAGUUAUCAAAGACUUCAUGAUCCAAGGUGGUGAUUUUGUGAACGGCGAUGGUACUGGAGUCAUAAGUAUCUACGGUGGUAGAACCUUUCCUGAUGAGAAUUUCACAUUAAAACACGACUCACCUGGAUUGUUAUCUAUGGCCAACAGCGGCAAAGACACUAAUGGCUGUCAGUUUUUCAUAACAUGUGCCAAGUGUAAUUUCUUGGAUGGCAAGCACGUUGUUUUUGGAAAAGUGAUAGAUGGACUUCUGGUUAUGAGAAAAGUGGAGAAUGUUCCCACAGGGCCAAACAAUAAACCAAAAAUUCCUGUGACAAUAUCUCAAUGCGGACAAAUGUAA